GAGGGAACUAAGGUCUAAGUCAGCUGAUGUUAGAGGCAGCAGGAUUAGCAGCAACAUUAUUAGGAGAAGUGGUGUCCCAUGUCCUCCAAUCAUUCGCCACUUCAGUAAUGGACUCCACUACACCAACGUGUAAUGUUGGACGUGGCGCAGUUCGCCUCACCCUAGACCAAGCUUGCCUCAAAGUCUUCAACUCUGAUACUGCUUCUUAUCUUCAGCUUUGGGCUCAGUCUGUCGAGUGCUAUAAGUGUAACCCAUGGCAGUUCCUGACUCUCGACCCUGGCACCAUACAAGAGCUGGUUGUCAACACCACCUACCCUUCUGACCUUUACAUCAGAAAUGAAACAGAGAGUGACCUUUACAAAGUAAGGUAUCACUUUGGACAGUAUGGGACCUACCAGCUGGGGAUUAGCACACACAACAUCACACACAUACAAGUCCUCGUCAAGCCCCUGAAUGAAUUUCUUCCUCUGUUUGUUGCUUUCAUAUUCUUCUUCAUGUUGGCAUUCGUAUGGCAGUGCACGAAGUUCUUCCGUCAACGCAUGGAUGCUUCAUAUUCUCCUCACAGAGUCAGAUCAGCGCCAGUUGAUGAAAGCUCGUCGUUGUUAUCCCAAGCAUUAUCUCGGGAAAGUGCUUCAUCAUCUGGAACACAACAGUCUUCUCCUCCAGCACCUCUACCAGUGACAUCCCAGCUGCAGCUAGUAGAUAUUCCUGACUCUAGGGGGACAGGAGGACGUCUUCUCUCUUUGGACACUUUCAGGGGCCUCGCCAUAAUCAUCAUGGUGUUUGUCAACUACGGAGGGGGCCAGUAUUACUUCUUCCAGCACGCUCGUUGGAACGGCCUCACUGUUGCUGACUUGGUCUUUCCCUGGUUCUUGUGGAUAAUGGGAGUGAGUUUGAUAUUCUCCAUUCGGUCGCAGCUACGUCGUACCACCAAGAGGUACAUGAUGCUUCUUCACAUCCUCAAGAGAUGCACCAUUCUUUUCUUUCUGGGACUCAUAAUAAACAGUGGCAAUGGUCAUAACUACAUGCCCACCUUCCGGAUCAUGGGCGUCCUGCAGCGCUUCUCAAUUUGUUACGGCAUCACAGCAUUGAUGGAGGUGUACCUGAUGAAUCCACAGGAAUCCCCAGAGUAUGUGUGGUACUGGAAGGUGCGUGAUAUUAUGAGGUCUGGAGUGCAGUGGACCAUCACUACUGUCCUGGUCAUUGUUCACACAGCUAUCACAUUUGGCCUUGUUGUCCCAGGAUGUCCCAAGGGAUACCUGGGUCCCGGAGGUUUGUACAACGGAGGUGAGCAUGGCAACUGUACGGGCGGUGCUGCUGCGUAUGUGGAUAUUAAAGUGCUUGGCAAGGCACACGUCUAUCGGAGUCCAACUUGUAGAAUGAUUUACAAUAAUGACGCUCCAUAUGACCCUGAAGGCAUCUUGGGAGCCCUAACAGCAGUGCUUACGGUACAAUUGGGAGCGGCAGCUGGACGCAUCAUUGUCACCUAUCAGGACCAUGACUCACGCAUUAAACGCUGGAUUAUUUGGGGCAUUGUCUGUGGUAUGCUAGCAGGCUUUCUCUGUAGCUGGCAUAAGGAAAGUGGUCCAAUCCCGGUCAACAAGAACCUAUGGUCGCUCUCCUUUGUAUUCGUCACGGCCUGCUUUGCUUUCUUACUUCUGUCAUUCCUGUACUUGAUUAUAGACAAAUGGCAGUGGUGGAAUGGCAGCCCACUUAGAUAUGCUGGUAUGAACUCCAUCUUGGUGUAUAUGGGGCAUGAAAUUUGUGGUGGAUUGUUUCCCUGGUCAUGGACGCCAGUUGGAGAGCAUCAUGCCAAUUAUCUCAUCAUGAACCUCUGGGGCACAAGUAUGUGGAUCAUCAUAGCCUAUAUCUGCCACAGACAGAAGCUGUAUGUGUCUGUGUAAAAAUUCCAAGACUAGAGAGGAGGCAACCAGAAGUGGCCUUGUGUGACAGCCCUACAUGUUUUUCAUGGGUAAGACUGGCGAUCUGUUGGAGUGUGAGCAGGGUAAUAUUUAGUGAAGGGGUUCAGGGAAACCGGUUAUUUUCAUAUAGUCGGACUUGAGUCCUGGAAAUGGGAAGUACAAUGCCUGCACUUUAAAGGAGGGGUUUGGGAUAUUGGCAGUUUGGAGGGAUAUGUUGUGUAUCUCUAUACGUAUGUGCUUCUAAACUGUUGUAUUCUGGGCACCUCUGCAAAAGCAGUGAUAAUGUGUGAGUGUGGUGAAAGUGUUGAAUGAUGAUGAAAGUAUUUUCUUUUUGGGGAUUUUCUUUCUUUUUUUUGGGUCACCCUGCCUCGGUGGGAGACGACCGACUUGUUGAAAAAAAAAAAAAAAAGACUGGCCAUACCUAUUUAACUUUGUGGGUAAGACUGGCCAUACCCAUUUUUCCUCAUGGGGUAAGAAACUAUGGUGAUGCCCACAAGACCACUCCUGGCAGCUGUCCUAUGAGCAUAGCCCCAACAAUCUUACUAGGCUAGUCAGACCUUUCAAGUGGUGCUAGUUGUGUAUUAGUGUAGCAUAGGAAAGUCAUGGCAAUACUCAGCAAUAGAUAUAUCUAGAACGUACUUUUUUUUUUAUCGAAAAGUCAAAUAUAUUUUUAACUUUUUUAAUUCUUGGUGUAAAAAUCCAGAUUUUAAUAAUGGCUGGAAAAUGCAAAAAUGUUUACCAACCAACAAAUUGGAAUGGCCUAGAACAGUGUGAUUAUGGUAAUGAAAAUGUCAGAGGCUAGACUUUGAGAUCUCGUCACACCAGAUAAUGGGUUGGGUUUUGUUAACUGCUCAAACAAGCAUCUCGCAAGUUACCAAUAUGUUUGUUCCAGUGAAAGUAUUUUAACCCGUAAACGGUCCAAGCAGAUCUACGUUCACAUGUGUAGCGCUACAAAAGUAGAUCUGUUUUUUUUUUUACAUAUUUUCAAAUAUAACAAAAAAAAAGUAGAUCAAAGUUUUUUACACUUUCAAAUGCAAAAAAAACAAAGAUCUACUUUUUUUUACAUACUUUCAAAUGUUGAAAAAACGUAUAUAUACAUUUGGACCGUUUACGGGUUAAGUACAGUGAUGGUUCUUAGAAUCAUAAAAAAUUCCAUUGCUGCUAUUGAAUGCUCAACAUGUUAGUAUUAGCCUUUUUUUUUUUUCAUGACAAUAUUUCAAGCUCAUAGGAAUGAGUCUGAUGAUAUUUUGUUUACAUUUUUCUCUAGUUAUAGACACAAUUAAAUUUGAUGAAGAUUAAGUUAAGUAAAGCUGUGAUGCUCAAUAUUAUAAAUUACUUAUCCACAUUCCAUUUGGAACCUGCCAUAUUUAGUUAGUGUAAAAUGAAAUACAUUGGCAAGCAUUUAUUGAAGAAAGUUAUGGCUUGAUAAACAAUAAUAAUGCAAGUUAAUUAUUCAAUAUUCCUCCAUGAAGUCAUGCACUUUGAUACUAGCGCCACAAGUACUACAAACACCACUACUACAUCUCCCUGGCAUUAACCCUUUGACUGUCGCAAGUCCCUUUCUGAAACUGUCAUUCUAUGUCGCAAAAUUUUUGGGAAAAAAAUAUUUUCUUAUGAAAUGAUAGAGAAUCUUUUUCUGAUGGUAAUGACACCAAAAGUACGAAAUUUGGUCAAACUCGAGGAAUUACGCUCCCGCGAAGUUAGUGGUCUUGGCGACAUAUGCACAUCAGCGAUUUCACCGAUUUUGAGCCAUUUUUGGCCAAUUCCGUUGUUCCAGUUGACCAAACUCAUAGCUAUUUCUUUAGAACUCCAUUUUUUCUAUCAGUUGAGUACAAGAAACUGCUCGUUUACUUUUUUGGACUACCCAAUCAAGUGGUCAGAAAUUGGCAGUUUGGCCAAUUUCAAACAAAUUAAAAAAGAUGCCAAUUUCAAAAUAGGGUCCAGAAUAAACAAUGUAGACAUUCUUGGCACUAAAAUAACAUAUCCUCUGUUCAUUAGUCAUGUCUCUAGGCCCCUCUUAUAUUACUAUUGCUUUCUAUUUUGAUUUUUUAUUCAUACAAAAAAUACAAAAUUUACUGUUAUGCAGACUACUGUAUUAUUGUAAAAAUGGUAUAAAUAAUAUCAGUGCACUUGUGAAAGAAUAUUAGACUCCCCAGUUGACGUGUAUUGAACGUGUGAUGUGAUUUGCUUACUCUCGAACAUUGGUAAAAAUCGAAAAUUUCCGCUACUUUGAGCUCAAUUUCAAGGUCGUUUUCAUCUUGAAACUAAUCAAAAUCAUCUCUUUCUGCAAUACGUUUCCCAUUUUAUCACGUGAGACCAUGAAAACAAGAAUACAAAGUGAAAUACUAUACGAAAAUACACCUCAAAGUCGGCGUUUUAAUCCAAAAAGUUUUUUUUUCUCAUUAUGCACUGCGUGCUGCAGGAUUUUUGUGGUGCAAACUGACCACACAAACCCAUUCUCUCGCAUGUGGACCUACCAGCUUUCUCCUGCUUGAUUUGAAGCCGCUAGAAUUAUUGCGUAUACAUACGUUCGAAACACUGGCUCGUAAGAUAUAUAUAUACAACCAAAACAGUCAAAGGGUUAAUGGUCAACUAAUGUGUAUUAUUAUUAUUAUAAUCAAGGGGGAAGCGCUAAACCCGGAGGAUUAUACAGCGCCUGGGGGGGGGAUGUGGAAGGCAUUCAGGCUUAAUUCGGGGAACUGGAGCACAGAUCCAAUUCCCUAAAUCAAGAGCCCCUCACCAACAUCAAGGCACCUUCCUUGAGGGGACCUAAUGUGUAAAGUAGUGUUAAUUUCCUCUUUACAAAAUGGAUAAUAAAGACCAAGUACAUAGUGAUAAUUGACUUAAAAAUUUGGUAUUAGUAAACUCAUUUGUGGAUUUAAUAAAAGUAUCUUAAAUGCCAUAUAAAUUUAGUUUAGUUCCAGGGUAUAUCUUGAGCAUAUUUGUUAAUGUCUGGUAUACUGAAUACUUAACAUGGGGUAAUACCUGGUAACCAGAAUAACAUCUAUGAAAUUUUAAAAUAAUAAGCCACAAUUAUACACAGCUGUAGUACUGUAUUAUCCUCACAGGUUCAGUGAUUUUUGUGAGUAUAAUUGAAAAUCCUUGUAAUUAUGGACAGGCUGUUCAUGACCAGUGUAUCAUGAACCCUUGUUAGUUUUUUCUAAAUGUAAUUAAUACAAUAUUAAGUUGAGGUAUAAGACUGUGCACAAGUUCUUGUUUUUCAUCAAUAUAUCUGUUAAGAGUAAUGAAACAAAAUGUGCAAAAUAUCAUCCACAAGUGUUUACAUGCAUGAAAUUUAUAUAUAAAAUAGUUUGCUGAUUGAUACUUUUACUACAUUGUCAUUGUGUUGUAUCUUGUUAAAUUAUACCAAAUAUACUCUUAAGUUGUCUACAUAUAUUGUUACUGCAAACUUUUCUCUCAUAUAUAUCACUUAAAAUAAAACUUCCUUUAUUUUGACAAUAUCAUUUAUACUGCCGAGUGACCCUCACGGGUUUAGUACUUCCCAUAAGUGUUAGACAUGCAAGUGUAUUAUAUGCCGCAUAUGGUCACAACUGCGCAUGUUGAAUUUACAGAUUGUGUGAAGUAUAUAUUAUGGUAAUGUAGUAUAUGUGCUGUAUUAUAAAUUGCUCAUGGAGCACAUAUACUGUAUAUACCAUAGUAUAUACUGCAUAAUCUGUAAAUUCAGCAUAUGGAGUUAAAUGACCAUAUAUACCGAUGAACUGUAUGUAGCACAUAUAUAUACCAUUAUCUGCAGCAAAUAUACACCACAUACACCAAUUAUAUGCUGCAUGUGGUCUAGACUAGUAUAUGCUGCACAUGUAUACUCAGCAUAUCAGUGUACCUGCCAUAUAUACAGUAGGUUACACUUUCAUUCAAAUACUUGAUACUUUCUGUAAUAUAUUUUAAAAGUAUUUGCUAUAAAGAUGUUAUUUUUUUGUGUCUCUAUCUUGCUAUAUAACAUUUACAAUAAUAAUCACUGAAAUACACGUUUAUAUUUUGUUUCGUGUUACAAUAUAAUGAAUAUAAAUGUACAGUCAUGUAAUAUUGGACACUAAUAAAUUUUUUUUACAAAUGGCA